UAUUAGAGAAAAAGGGGCGAGGUCGGAGGCCGCCCCAUCUCGAUCAGAAGAGAAAAAAAGUUAGGGUUUGUGCUGCUCUUCCCAUCUCCCAGGUGAAUCUGUGCAUCCGAUCUCUCAAUCAGGAUUAGGUGGCUUCUGGCCUUUCAAGAAAAUAGCUAGGCAGGUAUGUCGAGCAAGAAGGAAGAGAAAGGACAGGCUGCAGCCGAGCGAAUCAAGGCUGCAGCACUUUCAGCUGCAAAGGGUCUCAGCCGUGCUCAAGCUGAGCGGGCAGCGGCAGCAGCUGCACGAAAUGUAAAUGCUUAUGGGCAGAAGGAAGAAGGGCCAAGCAGAUGGCAGGAAAGGAAAGAAGCAAAGCGGCAGAUGUAUCUUAUGAGUACAGAGAAAGCUGUGAAAUUGGGAGAGAGGAAGGAUCUAAAGGCAUCAGUUUCUUCUGCUGGUGGCGCAGCUGCUCAAUGUCAGAAGUGUUUCCAGUCUGGUCAUUGGACAUACGAGUGCAAGAACGAACGGGUCUACAUGUCACGGCCCUCGAGGACGCAGCAGCUCAAGAACCCAAAGUUGAAGAUGAAGCUCUCAGUCUCCUAUGAAUUAGACAGCCCUGAUAUUGGGAAGGAGCUGCAGGAUGAAAGGGGCCAGAAGAAAGACAAGGGUGAAGGGAGCAGGACAAAGAGCAAGAGGAAACACCGAUCAGGAAGUGAUUCAGAGGAGGACAGCAGUGAGGCUUCUGUUUUUGAGACAGAUAGUGAGUCUUCAGUGACCGAAUCCGACUACUCUUCCGCUGAGAGUAGUUCGAGCUACAGUUCAUCAGAUUCAGAGGAGCGCAGGAGGAGGAGGAGGAGGAGGAAGCAAGAGAAGAAAAGGCACCGGGGAUACAGCUCAUCCUCUGAUUCUUCUGAAUCAGAGUCAGCUUCUGAUAGUGAUUCAGAUGACAAGUACAGGAGGAAGAGUAGAAGGCACAGCCGGAGGCGCUAGUCUGGUUCAGAAGUAUGUUUGCUAAUUACAAUCCAUAAUAUUUUAAAUACUACUAUGGGGUGUUGUGUGCUGACUAAUUUGGGCCCUUAGUAGCUGGUUUAUAGGUCCAAAAGUAAGCAGUUGGUAUCAUAAUAUGUUCUCUUAACACUAUGCAUGCUUUCAGUUUGAGGGUCUUUGAAGUUAAUCUUUCGCUACCUGCUUAUUUCUGGUUCAGUUUGGUUUGGCAAUUGUUGGUGCUGCUCCUCAAAAUGUUAGUUUCAA